GGGCGAGGGCGGGGCGGUUGGUGCGGCUGGCCCGGCCCGCCGGGGAGGAAGGGAAGGGAAGGGGAGCGGGUUGCGCUGUUGCCCUUUUAAGCGAGCGAGCGGGCGCCGGAGGCCGGUACAAAGGGAGCUCCGCCGUGCCCCGCCGGCUGGGGCUGCCCCGGCCCCGCCAUCUUCCGCCCCGCAGGCGCGGCCGGGGCCAGGGUCGGGCCGGCUGAGUCGGAGGGAGGCGGCGGCAGCGCAGGCCCGGGCCCGGAGAUGAGGCCAGGAUGUCGGUGUCAGGGCUCAAGGCCGAGCUGAAGUUCCUCGAGUCCAUCUUCGACAAGGACCACGAGCGCUUCCGCAUCGUCUCCUGGAAGCUGGACGAGCUCCACUGCCAGUUUGUGCUCCUGCCGCCGCCGCCGGGCUCCAGCCCGCAGCCGCCGCCGCCGCUCACCAUCCACUGCAACAUCACGGAAUCUUACCCCUCUUCGUCACCAAUAUGGUUUGUAGAAUCAGAUGACCCAAACCUGACUUCAGUCUUAGAGCGUUUAGAAGAUAUUAAGAAGAGCAAUACUCUGCUUCUUCAGCAGCUGAAGCGAUUAAUAUGUGACCUCUGCAGAUUAUAUAAUCUUCCUCAGCAUCCAGAUGUUGAAAUGCUAGAUCAGCCAUUGCCAGCUGGACAGAAUGGAACAACAGAAGAAGUUACAUCAGAGGAGGAGGAAGAAGAUGAUAUGGGUGAAAUCUCAGCUGUGAGGUACUUGGAUACAGAGAAUUGGACAUCUGUUUGUGCUUUAGUCAAACAAUACAUAACAUUGUGUGCCAAAUCAGACAUUGAAGAUCUGGAUCACUAUGAUAUGAAGGAGGAGGAACCAGUUGAUGGGAAGAAAUCUGAGGAUGAAGGCAUUGAAAAAGAGAACCUUGCAAUCUUAGAAAAAAUCAGAAAAAAUCAAAGGCAAGAUCACUUAAAUGGUGCAGUCUCUGGGUCAGUUCAGGCUUCAGAUCGACUUAUGAAAGAACUCAGGGAUAUAUAUAGAUCACAGAGUUAUAAAACAGGGAUAUAUUCAGUGGAACUGGUAAAUGACAGCUUGUAUGAAUGGCAUGUUAAGCUUCUCAAGGUUGAUCCUGAUAGCCCACUGCAUAGUGAUCUUCAGGUCUUAAAAGAAAAAGAAGGUGUAGAAUACAUUUUACUGAACUUCUCUUUUAAGGAUAACUUCCCUUUUGAUCCUCCCUUUGUGCGAGUGGUGUCUCCUGUGCUCACGGGAGGGUAUGUCCUAGGAGGAGGUGCAUUAUGCAUGGAACUUCUUACUAAACAGGGCUGGAGCAGUGCCUACUCAAUAGAAUCGGUCAUCAUGCAGAUCAAUGCCACUUUAGUCAAAGGAAAAGCCAGAGUACAGUUUGGAGCCAAUAAGAAUCAAUAUAAUCUAGCAAGAGCACAGCAGUCCUAUAAGUCACUAGUACAAAUACAUGAGAAAAAUGGCUGGUACACUCCUCCAAAAGAAGAUGGCUAAUGCUGAGGACUGUUGUAUACCUGGACCAAUGUCAACAAAACAAGCUCUUUUUUAUGUUUUCCAACACACAGACUCAAGCUAUGAGUGCCCCUAUAACAGCUGUACUGAGGACUUUAGCUAUUAGAUAAGUUAGUGGAUAAUCUAUCAACUGACACGUACGGUAUAAGUUACAGCCUUACCAUUCCGCUCUUCUUAGGUGUCUGGACUGAGCAGUUUGGGCCUUUGCCAUAUUUGUUCUUAUGGAUUGAGCAGAUUUGGGCCACGCCCUCCCUUCUCCCUUUUUUUAUUUGAAAGCAUAAACUCUCCCUGCAGCAGGCUAUUGACUUACUAAAGAUCAUACAAUAGGAGUGAGUUGUUCACACACUUCUGUGUAUUUCUUACUUUUUGCAAAAGGCAGACUGCAGAGACUUGCAUUGUAUUGUUUCAUUUAAAGCCAAGAAGUUUAUUAAUACAUUGUUUAAUACUGUUUUAGGAAAUGUCAGGUCUUGCAAAUCACAGUAGUUUUUCUGGUCUAAAAUGACAGCGUUUGUAGUAUUUUCCAAAUUAAUGAUAUAGGAAAAACACAUGUAUGUUAAGUCAUUAAACAUUUUUCAUGGCUGUA